UAAUUGUGUUUGAUAAUCGUGGAAUGGGAGAAUCAACCGUUGCUUCUUAUAGUGAGCCUAUCCCGGUAGAUUUAAUGGCUCAAGAUACAAUUGCAUUGAUUAAGCAUCUUGGAAUUAAAAGAUUUAAUUUGUUUGGAACAAGUCUGGGCGCUAGAAUUGCUUUUGCUGUUGCCUUGAACCUUCCAUCUGAUUUGAAGUUAGAGAAGAUAGUUGUUAGUUCUUGUGCUCCUCAAAUUGACCCAAAUUCAGAAGGGACUCGGAAAAUUGAAAAACUUUAUGAAUUGUCAAGCACUCCUUUUCCUAAUAAUAUCCAGGGACAAAAAGAAAGACUUCUUGAAAGUGAAUUUGAUCAAGAUUUUGCAAAAUAUCUACAUGAACAUCCUGAUGAACUUGAUAGAAUUGCAGAGCUCAUUGUUAACAGAUACCAUAGCAGACCAUUUGAAUUGAUGAAACGUCAAUGGGAGGCGAUUAAAACGUAUGAACUGCUGCCAAGACUAAAAGAAAUUAAAGUUCCAACUUUGGUAAUUCAGGCAGAAAACGAUGUAUUCUUUUCCACUAAGGAAGCUGAAUUACUUGCUAAAGAACUUUCUAAUUCAAAACUUUAUAAAAUUUCUAAUGUGGGAAAUAAUAUUUUUGUAAAAGAACGUGAAGCCACUACCAAUGUCAUUA